UCCUGGCGGCGGGAGCGGGGCGAUGGCGGCGCAGGACGUGCUGGGCCAGACCGCCCGGCUGGCCUCGUCCAGCGCCCUGCUGCAGGUGCUGUUCCGGGUGGUCACGUUCGGGCUGAACGCCUUCACCCUGCGCUACCUGUCCCGGGAGCUCAUCGGCGUGGUCAAUGUCAGGCUGACUCUGCUGUACUCAACAGUUGGCUUCCUUGCCAGGGAGGCGUUUCGCAGAGCUUGUUUGAGUGGAAGUGCCAAGAGAAACUGGACCAAAACAAUUAAUCUCUUGUGGCUGACAGUCCCUCUUGGUGUCUUUUGGUCUCUUAUCUUGGGCCUAGUGUGGCUGUACUUGCUUGAAGUACCCGACCCUUCUGUGGUUCCUCACUAUCAGGCUGGUGUAGUGGCAUUUGGUCUUUCUGCCAUUAUUGAACUGCUGGGAGAGCCAUUCUGGGUUUUAGCACAAGCUCAUUUGUUUGUGAGACUGAAGGUGAUUGCUGAAAGCCUUUCAGUAGUGUCAAAAUGCAUUUUGACGGUUACUUUAGUAAUCCUUUAUCCUCACUGGGGCCUUUACAUUUUUUCCUUAGCUCAGCUUUUAUAUGUCAGUGUUCUGGUAGCGUGCUAUGUAAUUUAUUUUGUGAUGUUUUUGGGAUCUCCUGAAGCAACUAAGAAGUCAUUUCCAGUUGCUAGAAUGAAAGCUCUAUUACCUAGCUUCAUAGAAGAUGAGACCUUUGUGAACUGGAAGGAAGCACGCUUGACUUGGAGUUUCUUCAAACAAUCCUUCUUGAAACAGAUUUUGACAGAGGGUGAACGAUAUAUGAUGACUUUUUUGAAUGUGUUAAAUUUUGGAGAUCAGGGUGUAUAUGAUAUUGUGAAUAACCUUGGUUCACUGGUGGCCAGGUUUAUCUUUUUGCCUAUUGAGGAGAGCUUUUAUGUAUUUUUUGCUAAAGUGCUGGAAAGAGGGAAGACUGUAAAGGAUCAGAAACAGGAUGAUGUUGCUAUGGCUGCAAACGUAUUGGAAUUGCUGCUGAAAUUUGUGCUCCUGAUUGGCCUCACCAUCACUGUUUUUGGCUAUGCCUAUUCUCAACUGGCUCUGGAUAUUUAUGGAGGCUCAAUGCUCAGUUCUGGAACAGGUCCAGAUCUCCUCCGGUGUUACUCGUUGUAUGUCCUGUUUCUUGCUGUCAAUGGAGUAACAGAAUGUUUUACAUUUGCCUUAAUGUGCAAAGAAGAAGUGGACAGGUACAAUUUUGUUAUGCUGGCCUUGUCUUUCAUAUUCCUGUGCAUCUCUUAUUUCCUGACCCACUGGUAUGGCAGUGUGGGCUUUAUCCUUGCCAACUGCUUCAACAUGGGCAUCAGGAUAGCUCACAGCACCCACUACAUCUAUCACUACUUCAGAGAAAGCACCCACAGACCCCUGAUGGGCCUGCUGCCCUCCCCAGCCCUGCUGCUGGUUUACUUCAUCAGUGCAGUGCUCACUGCUUUCUCAGAGGUGUUGUUCUGCUGUGACAAGGGCUGGAUGGCCAGGCUGAUCCACAUCAGCAUAGGUGCCCUGUGCCUUGCAGCAUCCCUCGUUACGAUGUUCUGCACAGAGACCAAGCUCAUCCACUUUGUCAGGAGCCAGUUCCUCUCCCGCUAUUUGAAGAAAGGAACAUGACCUGCUCCUGUGCAGAACAGUUCUUGUAUGUGCUUGCAGUAAAGGGCUGUGAUUUUUCCAUGAGAUCUGUAUGGAGAAAACAUUUCCACGUGUGUUUGGAAGGAUUGAUAAGGGAGUGCAAGGUUGACAAUCAUCACAUUAAUAUUAUUUUGUCUUCCGAACUGGUCAGUACAGAAAAAGAGAGGCGAAUGAUUUUCUCUUUCUGCAUCAUUCUUUUCUAAGCUUUUCUUCAAACAGCCUCUGAAGAUCUAAGCUGCACCCCCUGACAUAACCUUCUUGACAGACUGCAUGUAGAGAGCUCCCCUUCCUGCCACUGGGAAGUGUAGGAAGGUCGGAUGUGGUUUAAAGGGCUCUUAUUUGGCAUGGGUGCUGCUUAACUGGGGAGAAAAUGGUCAGGGAAAAAAACCCCAAAACCAACCACAAUAAUAAAUGCCAUAAAGCUGAGGAGAGCCCUAGAGCAAGGACCAAACCAGAGUGUUGUGGAGCAGAGCACAGUGUGGUGCAGAGGGAUUGAGCUGUCACUGUUUGAAGUGCAAAGUGGGGAACAGAAAAUCCUGACGUUUACAAGUAAAUUAAUGGCAUACACAGCAUGUGUCCCUGCUGGCUCUGGGAGAUUAUUUCAUUCAGCAGAUCCUUCAUGUCUGAGGGCAUUGAUUAACUUGUCAGAAAUACUCUGAAGCUUUAGCUGGAAGAGGUUUUGGGCAUUGUCUGCAGAAGGUGUCGAGUACAAUCACUGAUGGUGUGGUUCAUAAGAUUACUCAUAAAACUUCUUACUUUCAUUCCAUUGUUUUUUGGGCUUGUCUGAGAUUUUAAAUGCCAGCAUGAACAAAUUUGUCUCAAUAAAAAUUAUUUUUCUCUGUGCAAUUGAAUGUUAAAUAUAUUUAAUAAGAUUUUUUAAAAGGAAUUAUGCAUAUUGAAGAUUUCUUUAUUGGAUGGUAAAUACUUAUUUUGUUCCAAUGUUUUCCUUGUAUUGUGUUUCUUUACUUGUUCAGUCUCAGCCUCCAGAUUGUUGGGUUUUUUUUUUAGUUGUUGAAAAUUUGGACAUUCAGAAGUUGUACAAUUCCAUGUAAAUCUGCUGGUUUAGGUGUGCUAAUGGCAUAUUGUAUUGCUAGUCUAAGAUCUGAACUGGGCAGUUUCAGAAUGUACAAGUAGCAGGUUUAUAAUGAUCAGUGUUCCCUUUGCAGUGUUUGGAUGGACCAAAAAAUGUCAAGGGAUGAAAAAUGUGUGCUCAGACAUAUGCAGUUGAAAACUUUUAGUUUAAUUGUGUAGCAGCUCUGCAGAUCCUCAGACUGCUUAAAAAAAAUCUCUCUGCAAUGGCAUUGUGGAGUUCAUUCUGGUGACCUCAGUGCCCAGGCUGAAAUGCUUUCUAGUGUCAGGGCCUGCAGCUUGUAGUUAGAAAUAUUUUCUAAACUCUGGUAAUUCCCACUAGGAAAACAUUGCCAAAGAUACUUUAUAUGAGAAUUUGGUGAUUGAAAAAUUAUCACAGGGAAGCCAAAAUGUGACAGUGAAGGGAAAGGAGCCUUGCACAGCCAAGGGCCAUUGUCUUCCUUGCCUGGCUAGAAAGAAUAGAUAUGGACUUGCUGAUUCUUCUUAUGCUGCUUUGAAAUCUGUCAAAACCAACUCUGUCAUUCUGUCCUCUUAAUUGAAUUCAGUAGUUCUUUGCCUUUUCAAUUUUUCUUUGCUGAGUGGUCCUACAGCUUUUUUACUCUUUUCUGUCAGGUGUGGAGUUAGUUAUGAAGUACAGCUUCAAAUAUUGCUGAGAGUUGAAACUUCUUUGUUAUGAAUAGUCAAUGCUUGUAACAGUUGCUUCUCCUUUACUUGUUUGUAGUACAGAAAAAUCAAGACAAUUGAAUCUGUGGACUGUGUUUUAGGGUCUAUCUUCUGUGUGUCUUUGGGAUCCUACUGUGGCAAUAUCUCAAUCUCUACAGUGAAUUUUUAUAACUCCUUUGUACAGCCCUGUACCUGAAGUGCUUUGGAGAUGGAAGAACUUCUCAUACCAGAUUGAAACUUGAAGUCAUUCUGCCUUGUCUGCUCUUACAGCUGUACACUGAUAUUCUGCUACUUGUAAUCUCGUAAGUAGGGAGAUGUGAGAUCUCCCUCUUCAAACAGUGACCUGUGUAGUGACAUAUGUUGUGACCUACAGCUGGCCUGGAGGCCUCACAGUUACAAAUAAUUCCAACUUUAUAACUGAAAUGUUAUUGAUGAUGAUACAAUUGUCUUACUUAUGUAACUUGACCAGUAAGGUUGGAGAGCAGGCCUGGGCCAUUGGGGAUUCAGGCUGCUAUUGGCUGGCUGGCCAUGUGGCAACUAGCCCAACCACUGAGGAUUGACCACAUGUGCCUCUGAUUUACAAAAAGAUGAGGUCUCAGUAACGUUGGCUGUUGUGCAUGAACCUUGGAGUGUGUGUUGCUUUCCUGCCUCUGACACGUGAUAAAUAUUAUUUCAUAUAAAUGCAGUGGAUUAAUUUAAAGACAAGUUACAUUUUUGUACCAAUUUGUGUUAUUUCAGAUUGGAAAUGUGGUUUGUCAUGUUUCAUGUCGGUGAAUCUCGUGUCUCGAAUACAUUUUUAUAUGAAUCAGGAGGACAUUUAAGGUGAUUUAAUGAUUGCUCAUUAGCAAAUGAAGGACACAUUCCUCAUUUAAACAUCUGUUAGCAGCUCAGUGAGGGUUGACUGGUGUUUGUGAUGCAGGAUGUUUUAUAUUUAAUGUUUUAUGUGGCAGGAAACUGCAAGAAGAGACAGGAAGUAGAGACCUAUGAAACUCUGCUGAUUUCUUAUUUAUCAGUGGCAUCCUUAAAGUCAUAGCUCUUAACUGCUUUAUUGCUAAAGCAGCAAACUCUCAAACUCAGGGACAAAGCUGAGAUUGAACUUGACCAUGUUUCCCUUUGCUUUCAGCCCUGUUCAUCUGUCACAGAUGUGUCAAAGGCACAACUGCCUAAAGUGACAGGAAGCUGUUUUGCAGUGUUCUGAAAUCUUUGAGUUAGAAAGGAAUGAAACAUUUUCUUUUGUGGAAAAGGUUAUGAUUUCAUGAUUGUGGUGCAUUUUUCUUAUUUGUUGGAUGAAUGAUUUUCAAGGUAACACUAAAUAAAGUUCAUUUCCUUUA